UCUCUCUCUUCCCCCACCAUUUCUAUAUAUGAGUUCAACCAGUGGGAGGAAAGUGAAAGAGGGACACACUGAGAUUGUGAAACAACAUAUAUAAGGACUGCCCUUUUAAGCUAAUUAAAGCUCAUUUCUUUUUAGAAAUCCCUGCAAUAUUUGUUGAUCAGAGAUUUCGGUGCUGUGGAGAUGUCGACUCUCAAUAAAGAGCUUGUCUUCUUAAUUUUACAGUUCUUCAAUGAGGAAGGUUUCAAAGAAGCUGCUCGCAUGCUUGAGCAUGAUAGUGGGUUUAACUUCAACAUGAUGUUUUUUGAGGAAAUGAUACUGAAUGGGAAUUGGGUUGAGGCUGAGAAGUAUCUUUCUGGAUUUACGAAAUUUAAUGACAAUAGAUACUCGACCAAGAUCUUUUUUGAAAUCAGAAAGCAGAAAUAUCUUGAGGCAUUGGACAAGAACGAACGUGCCAAGGCUUUAGACAUUCUUAUGAAUGAUUUGAAAAUUUUUGCGCCGUUUAAUGAGGGGGUCUUCAUGGAAAUGACUCAGCUUUUGACAUUAAAUGAUAUCAGGGAACAUGAAUCACUCUCCACAUAUGGAGAUACAGAAUUCGCAAGGAAAAUUUUGAUGCUUGAGCUCAGGAAAAUUAUUGAGGCAAAUCCCCUUUUUAGCAACAAAUUAAAAUUUCCUAGCAUUCAAAGUCAGAGGUUACGCCGUCUCAUUAACCAAGGCCUGAACUGGCAACAUAUAAAUUGCACACAUCCUCAGCCAAAUCCUAGUAUAAGUAGCCUUUUUGUGGAUCAUGUUUGCCUACCUCCAGAGGAUCAUUUGUUUUCAGUACCAACAGAUAACAAGCCACUGCCUUCUCAGAACACAUUAAUGCUGGCUGCAGUAUCUUCAGCCAGUUCAAAAUCUACUGCAUCAACUGAUUCUGAAACCUCUAGCAGAGUUCUCAAUCCUGGUGGUGCAUCAGACUUAGAUUGUUUGGAGGAUAACAAUUUUGUUUCCGAAAAGUUGCCCUCUGAGGCCUCUGAUCAGGAAACAUCAGCUGUCACACAUCUUGGUCAACACUUCUUCAGUAUUACCUCUCAUCCUUCUCGAAGUAUUUUCAACCUUCCUGAUGACUUGUUUGAGAGUCCUCCAAAGCAAAAUACAUCUGAAAGUCCUGGAGUGAUAAGCAAUACUGACUUACCCAAGACAGUUGGAAGGAUAUUGAAUGAGGGGUCAGCUCCAACGAGCAUGGAUUUUCAUCCUGUUCACCAAACUCUUCUUCUAGUUGGAACAAGUAUGGGAGAUAUAGGAUUGUGGGAAGUUAGUUCUGGUGAAAAGUUGCUCUCAAGGAAUUUUAAGGUUUGGGAGAUUGGAGCAUGCUCCACGAAAUUCAAGACAGCUACGCUUAAGGAUCCAUGUCUUUCUGUUAAACGUAUUGCUUGGAGCCCUGAAGGUUCUUUAUUUGGUGCUGCAUAUUCAAGACACAUAGUACAGAUAUAUUCUUAUCUUGGUGCUGAUAUUGCCUGCCAGCAAGUGGAGAUUGAUGCUCAUGUUGGUGGUGUGAAUGAUCUUGCAUUCUCGAUUCCCAAGGACAAACUUUUGGCCAUUACUUGUGGAGAUGACAAGACAAUAAAGGCAUGGGAUGCAACUACGGGUGAUGGAAUGUAUAUUUUUGAAGGUCAUGAUGCUCCUGUUUAUUCUAUCUGCCCCAAUAUCCAGGAAGGCGUUCCUUUUAUCUUUUCAACAUCAGUGCACGGAAAUAUAAAAAUAUGGCUAUAUGAUGAACUUGGAGCUAGAGUUGAUUAUGAUGCUCCUGGUCUGGGAUGUACAUCAAUGGCAUAUAGUGCCAAUAAUAGAAGACUUUUCUCAUGUGGGACAAGUAAAUGUGGAGAGUCAUUUCUUGUUGAAUGGAAUGAAAAUGAAGGUGCAAUAAAGAGAACAUACAAAGGAUUGCAGAAGAGUUCUUUGUCUGUGGUGCAGUUCGAUAUUAUGAAGAAUGAAUACUUGGCUGCUGGUGAUGAGCAUGCUAUAAAGGUUUGGGAUAUGAACAAGGUUGAGCUUUUCACAAUAAUUGAUGCAGAUGGAGGUUUGCCGGCAAAUCCAUGCAUUCGGUUCAACAAGGAUGGCUCGUUGUUGGCUGUUUUUGCAGAUGAAAACAGAAUCAAGAUUUUGGCUACUGAUUAUGCUCUUCAGUUGUUCUGCAAAUCUGGAAACUGUCCUGUUGAGGUCUCUAGAUUUCGCUCUGACACCUUUAGGAAGCUUACAAAUAACCCAAAUUCAACUGUUGCCUCUACUGAAGUGGCUGGUGAAGCUCCAAUGAAUGGAAACUCAAUAACCUCAGAGGCUGUGAAAUAUGAAUUUUCUGGGAGACUUGAGCAGAAACUCUUCGAAAUAAACAAGCCUUCUCAAUGCCGGACAUUGUGGCUCCCAUUUCGUGUUAAAGCAAACAAGAUAUCAAGCCUGGUUUACAACAAUGCAGGAAAUUCUAUUUUGGCAUUAGCAUCAAAUGCUAUUCAUCUAGUUUGGAAAUGGCCGAUUGAUGACCACAACUUGAGUGGCAAGGCAACUACAGAAGUUUCCCCUCAAUUCUGGCAACCAAAGAGCUGCCCCGGGCCUAUGACAAAUGAUCUCACAGCCAUCAACCAUGAAGAAGCCCUUUCAUGUUUUGCUUUGUCCAAUAAUGAUUCUUAUCUCAUAUCGGCUUCAGGAGGGAAAAUAUCACUAUUCAACAUGUUGACAUUCAAGAGAAUGUUGUCUAUCAUGUCUCCUCCACCUGCUACAACUAGUCUUGCUUUCCUUCCCCAAGAUAACAACAUAGUUGCUAUAGGGAGGGAGGACUCCACUAUUGUAAUAUAUAAUGUCCGUUUAUCUAAGGUUAUUCGUACGCUUUUGGGUCAUUUCAACAGAGUAUCUAGCCUAGCCUUUUCUAAGGCUCUGAAUAUUCUUGUUUCUUCUGGAGCAGAUUCCCAGAUUUUGGUCUGGAAUAUUCAAGGGUGGGAAAAAUACACAAGUAAAUUCUUGCAGAUUCCUGAGAAGGAAAAGCCUCUGGCAUCGUUGGACACCCACAUCCAGUUUCACCAGGAUCAAACACAGUUCCUUGCAGUAUGCGAGACUUCUCUGUCAAUAUUUGAAGCCAAGACUUUAGAAUGUUCAAAGCAGUGGGUUCCAGGUGAUUCUACGCCAAUCUCCCACGCAACAUUCUCAUGUGAUAGCCAGAUUGUGUAUGCCGGCUUGGUGGAUGGAACUGUGUGUUUAUUUGAUGCUUUACAUCUUGAAUUACAGUGUCGGAUUGUUUCUAGUGUCUACCGUCCACCAUGUUUAAGUUUCAAUGAUUAUCCAUUGGUUAUUGCCGCACAUCCCCAAAAGCCAAGCCAAUUUGCAGUAGGAAUGAAAAAUGGUGGGGUUGCUCUCUUCGAGCCUCUAAAUCGUGCUGACAAGUGGAGUAACUUGACACCAGAAGAUGGGCCAGCAAGCACCAUGCUAGUUGAGUCUGACCGUUGAACAGCUCAAGAAUCCCUCAUUAUCUGAUUCUAAUGACUACCGUUAGAUCAAACAAACGCAAGCUAAUCUUGGCAUGUUUGGGG